AUUCACAUGGCGGCCGACAGGGCACAACAUGGCAGAGGAGGGCAAGCGACGCUGAAGAGCCGUCGGGGACAAACAGAGCAGUUGGAUACGAACAAUGAUGAAGUUGCAGAAGCAAGGGGAUGGAGAGUGAAUGUCUCGAAUAUCCCUUCCUUUGUGCUGUACCUGGCCGGAGCCAUAAUAGUAGCUGGGAUACUCCAAGAAGCUACAGGCAUGGGGCUUCCCUUUGCCCUACCCGCAGGUCUCUUCGUGAUGGUACAAAUCCAGAAAAUGAUGUUAACACCGUAAAUAUCAUGAGCUUGAAUUCAAUUCCUUUACCAAUCUGGGCAAACCAUUUCGAACGAUGAUGCAUGGAGCCAACACACACCAAGAAUUCAAAUGUCAACAUGACAAAUUUAUGAUGAGACAAAUUUAUGAUGAGACAACACGACAGUUUGCAUCAGAAAGCACAAAAAGUUGAACGUGGAGGAGGUGGAAUUGAUUCUGUGUUUUUCCAACAAGCGGUUUGGAAGUUUUCAAACGCAUGCCACAGAUGCAGUGUUAGACUGGAUUGGCUUCAGUUUAUUAAGCUAGUCCCUCAAGCUUCUACUCCUGCUCAGUUGUUCAAGCAUGCAUGGCUGAGGACUGGCAUUUCUCUUCGAACCGCUAGUAUGCAUCAAAAAGUCCAGAAAUGAUCUUCUGAGCGAUGUGACGAUAUGAAGUUCUACUUCGCUUGCUAUCCGCUCCCGAGAUCGCCAUGGCCUCCGAUGUCCUAUCAGCUUGUUUCAAGAUUCCGCUCCAAGGAGUGAGGCAACAGCAGUCAGCUUCAGAGAGCUGCUGCUUCACCUGUCAUGCGUCUGAGCCACAUCGACUCGAAGAUCUGUGCUGGAGGUCACGCACUCUGUUUGCAUAUCUCUCGCUCUGGUUCCCUGCUACAACAGUUCUUUUUCCUUUGAGCACUUCGCUGGACGUUGUAAAGACCUCCGCUCACUCCCGUUGAUCCCCUUAAAUCCCCUCACGAUGAAUCAAGAGGACACUGAACGACGAGGCAAGACUGCCGAGAGAUACAUCUUCCAUGAAAGCAAGCAAGACUUAAUCGUGUCAUUUUUAAUUAUCAUCAAACCAGGAAGCGAUAUUGACUUCAUUUCCUCUUCGAAAUGGAGUUUAGGCAUCAAAUCUUUCUCAUGGUUCCCUUG